CAGCUUUCGGCUGGGAAGCGAAAGUGAUGAUGCCAUUUGUACGGCGCAUGCGUAUUGCUGGCACCGUGACGGAUAGACCGAGAUCUCGUUCGUGGGGGUUUCUGGGUGAAGAGGCAGCCGUAGGUUAGAAUCGGCAGAAUAUUUGUGUACAGGAACAUCAAACACAACAACACGCCAGUUUUGCUGUCUCUGUCCAGAUAUUUAAGGAGUGACCAGAUAUUUUCUUGGUAACACCAAGAUGAAGAUGUGUCUCAUCCCAGCUGGAAACGUACUUUGUGUCUGAAAUGAACUUUUUUGUUGUAACUCAGUGUACCCCACUGGAACCGGGGCGUUCCAGCAUUUAUUCACUGGAGAUCAGUUUUCAACUGCAUUGAUGCAUUGAUUAUGCAAGGGAUUCAAAACGUCUGACAUCUGACUUUCCGAAUUGCCAGAGAAUUGAUCACAGUGAGAUAUCAUUCUCCUUCUCUCACUGUGGGAAGGGAUUUACUCACAGCUUACCAGCAGCCACACAGUGAGUUCACAGUGGGAAAAAGACCAUUCACCUGCUCUGUGUGGGAGGGGAUCUACUCAGUCAUCCAGCCUGAAGAUACAUCAGCAAUUCACACCAUAGUGAAAUGCUCCACAUGUUCUGACCACGGGAAGCAAUUCAUUCUGCCAUCAAUGCUAAAGACAUUUCAGAAAAUUCACCAGUGAGAGAACGUUGACCUGCUCAGACCAUGGGAAGAGAUUCAGUCACUCAUCCCAUCUUGGACACAUCACUGAGUUCACCGGGGAGAGAGAUUGCUCAACUGUUCUGUAUGUGGGAAGAGCUUCACUCAGUCCUCUGAAUAGCUGACACACGACUGAGUUCAUACUCAUUAGAAGCUUUACAUCUGCUCUGAAUGAUGGGAAAACUUUCACUCAGUCAUCUCACCUGUUGACCCAGUGAUCAGUUCACACUGAUGAGAGGCCAUUCACCUGCUCAGACUGUGGGAAGGGAUACACUCAGUCAUUUCACCUGCUGGUACACCAGUGUGUUCAUACGUGAGAGAGGCCGUACGCCUUUGUUUAUGUGUGGAAAAGGAUUCACGUAGUCAUCUUUUCUACUGACAUACCAGUGGGUUCAUGUGUGGAGAGAGGCUGUUCGCCUUUUCUGUGUGUAGAAACGGAUUCAUUUAGUCAUCUGUACAACUGGCACACCAGUCAGUUCGCACUGGGGAGAUGCAGUUUACCUGCUCAGACUGUGGGAAGGAAUUCACUCGGAAAUCCAACCUGCAGACACACCAGCGAAUUCACACUGGGGAGAAACCAUUCAUCUGCUCAGACUGUGGGAAGGGAUUCACUCGGAAAUCCAACCUGCAGACACACCAGCGAGUUCACACUGGGGAGAAACCAUUCACCUGCUCUGAAUGUGGGAAGGGAUUCACUCACUCAUCUAACCUUGUGUCACAUUACCGAGUUCACACUGGGGAGAGGUCGUUCACCUGCUCUGAAUGUGGGAUUGGAUUCUCUCAGUCAUGGCAACUGAAGGAACAUCGGCAAGUUCACACUGGAGAGAAACCGUUCACCUGUUCAGAUUGUGGGAAGGAAUUCACUCGGACAUCAGAUUUGAAAGUACAUCAGCUACUUCACACUGGCGAGAGACCGUUCACAUGCUCAGACUGUGGGAAGGCAUUCACUCAGAAAUCCAACCUGCAGACACACCAGCGAGUUCACACUGGGGAGAAACCAUUCAUCUGCUCUAAGUGUGGGAAGGGAUUCACUCAGUCAUCCAACCUUGUGUCACAUUACCGAGUUCACACUGGGGAGAGGCCGUUCACCUGUUCUGAAUGUGGAAAAGGAUUCACUCAGUCAUGUCACCUGAGCGAACAUCAGCGAGUUCACACUGGAGAGAAACCAUUCACCUGUUCAGAUUGUGGGAAGGAAUUCACUCGGUCAUCAGAGUUGAAAGUACAUCAGCGAGUUCACACUGGGGAGAGGCCAUUCACCUGCUUAGACUGUGGGAAGGCAUUCACAAACUCAUCCACGCUACUGACACACCAGCGAGUUCACACUGGCGAGAAACCAUUCAGCUGCUCUGAAUGUGAGAAGGAAUUCACUCAGUUAUCUACCCUUGUGUCACAUCACCGUGUUCACACUGGGGAGAGGCCGUUCACCUGCUCUGAAUGUGGAAUUGGAUUCUCUCAGUCACGGCAACUGAAGGAACAUCAGCGAGUUCACACUGGAGAGAAACCAUUCACCUGUUCAGAUUGUGGGAAGGAAUUCACUUGGUCAUCAGACUUGAAAGUACAUCAACGACUUCAUACUGGUGAGAGGCCAUUCGUUUGCUCAGACUGUGGGAAGAACUUCACUCAUUCGUCAAACCUGCGGAAACACCAGUUCGUUCACACUGGGAAGAGGCCAUUCAUCUGCUCUGAAUGUGGAAAAGGAUUCCCUCAGUCAUCUCACCUACUGAUACACCAGUUAGUUCACACUGGGGAGAGGCCAUUCACCUGCUCAGACUGUGGGAAGCGAUACACUCGAUCAUCUCAACUCAAAGAACAUCAGCGAGUUCACACUGGAGAAAAGCCGUUCACUUGUUCUGAAUGUGGGAAGGAAUUCACUCGAUCAUCAGAUUUGAAAGUACAUCAGCGAGUUCACACUGGGGAGAGGCCGUUCACCUGUUCAGACUGUGGGAAGCGAUACACUGGAUCAUCUCAACUCAAAGAACAUCAGCGAGUUCACACUGGAGAAAAGCCAUUCACUUGUUCUGAAUGUGGGAAGGAAUUCACUCGAUCUUCAGAUUUGAAAGUACAUCAGCGAGUUCACACUGGGGAGAGGCCAUUCUCCUGCUCAGACUGUGGGAAGGGAUUCAUCCGGUCAUCUCAACUGAAGGAACAUCAGCGAGUUCACACUGGAGAAAAGCCGUUCACUUGCUCUGAGUGUGGAAAGGAAUUCACUCGGUCAUCAAAGUUGAAAGUACAUCAACGACUUCACACUGGGGAGAGGCCAUUCACCUGCUCAGACUGUGGGAAAGGAUUCAAUCAGAAAUCCCACCUGCAGACACACCAGCGAGUUCACACUGGGGAGAAACCAUUUACCUGCUCAGACUGUGGAAAGGGAUUCACUCGGUCAUCUAACCUACUGGCACACCAGUUCGUUCACACUGGGGAAAGGCCAUUCACCUGCUCAGACUGUAGGAAGGCAUUCACAGACUCAUCCAUGCUACAGAGACACCAGCGAGUUCACACUGGGGAGAAACCAUUCACCUGCUCAGACUGUGGGAAGGGAUUCACUCUAUCAUCAGUGUUGAAAGUACAUCAGCGAGUUCACACUGGAGAGAGGCCAUUCACCUGCUCAGACUGUGGGAAGCGAUACACUCGGUAAUCUCAACUGAAGGAACAUCAGCAAAUUCACACUGGGAGAAACCGUUCACCUGUUCUGUGUGAAAAGGGAUUCACUCAGUUAAUGCAACCAAGAGGCACACUAGUCAGUUCAAAUUGGCGAGAAGCCAUUCACCUGUUCUGUAUGGGAUGUAUUCAGUGAUGCAAAUUACAGGCACAUCAAUCAGUUGACUCUGAGGGGAAGGCCAACCACUUGCUCAGACUGUGGGAAGGGAUUCACUCAGUCAUCUCAUCUGAAGGAACAUCAGCAAGUUCACAAUGGGGAGAGGCCGUUCAACUCCUGAUUGUAGGAAGGGAUUCACUCAAUCAGUCCACUGGAAGACACACCAGCGAAUUUACACUGGGAUAGCUUCUAAAUGUGGGAAGGGAUUCACUCAGUCAUCCACAAUUGUGGCAUAUUACUGAGUUCACACUGGGGAAAAUGUUUACAUAAGCUACAUGCUGAUAUUUAAUCAUCACAGUUAGUGACUCCAGAGGCAAGCUCAAAAGUGAUUUAUUGAUGACCUCUGCAAUUAUUACUGCUGCUCAUCAUACCCAGUGCUGCACCCUGGUCACAGGGCAGGAGAGCACUUUCUUCAACUGAUGCUCAUCUUUUACGGCACUGGACUUUAGUAUUCUGGAUCUGUGAGAAAAAAAUCAGUUCUAUUUUAAACUUUCUCAGGUACCAACUAAAUUUACAACACAUCCAGUAGGGAGUCAACUCAGCCCUCUGGUCCCUGUCAGUGUUUCUAUUCCACAACAGUUCUUUUAAAUCUAUUCCUGCGUUCACCCCUUGCUCUCCCUGUGGUGAUGGUUGCAAUCUGUGGGUGAAGAGGUUUGCAUUUCCUGCAUGACUUUCUGCAGACUGAAGAAGACGAGCUAACUGCAGUUACGUCUAACACGAUUUUUGUCCCUCAAAUCUCUCAGCCAAGGAUAAAUGACAUUGGAAGUUAACCUCCUACUUCCAUGAUCAUCGGUAGAGGUGGGAGGAGAAGAUGGAGGCGCGACGCAGCACGUGCAGCUCUCUGGUGAAAUGAUACCGUAUUUGUAAGUAGGAUGCUGCGCACAAUUCUGAUUUGAUGGAGACAAACGUGAGUAGCACAGAGGAACAUCUGGAGAAACUUCUGAAAUGCUCGGUUCGCUGCCGCUGCUACUGUGCAAUCGAGAAUCUCCGGAGUGAAGGCCCCAAAAUCCCCGGCUUUGCCUGCUGCUGGCGACUGAGGCUGGGGUCGAAGCAUUCGGCAGAGAUGGUGCUUGGUACUCGAUGUCGGAGGGCUGGUCGGAGGCUCAAAGUUUUCAGAUGACUCAGAGUUGGACUGUGGUCCAGCACGGCAGGGAGAGUUUUCUUCCUUCUCCUGUCUGCGUGAGAUGUGGGACUUUUGAGAGACUUUGAACUUUUUUACUGUGCCCAUGGCCUGUUCUUCAUCAAGUUAUGGUAUUGUUGCACUGUUGUAACUAUAUAUUAUAGUUCUGUGUUUUUUGUUAGUUUUUCAGUUUUGAUCUGUCCCGUGUUUCUGUGAUAUCGCACUGGAGGAAUAUUGUGUCAUUUCUUAAUGCAUGCAUUACUAAAUGACAAUAAAAGAGGACUGCGUGGCCUCAUAAUCUAAUAAUCUCAAAGUUAUGGGUCCUUUUCACUGCUUCUGAAGGGUUGCGUGUCACAAGCUGGGUUGUUAAAAUACAUCACUAUCCUACAAAGUCUGAAAGCUGAAUGUGGACAACAAGUUGGAUGUUCAAUGGAGCAGGUCAGAAACCAGAGAUGGGUCAGUACAGGGCAGACAUUGGAGCUCAGGGCAGUGGUAGGGGUAAGAGCACAUCAGGAGCAGGGAAACCGAGUUGGGGGGGAGGCGGGCUGUGGCAGCAAAUGACAAAUAGCAACAUUUGGCAAUUGAUUGACAGAAUAAAAAGGUUGAUUUUUGUCUGUUGACACACUGCCUGUUGACAAUGUGUUUUUUACUUGUGGGCACUUGCUGAAUUCUCAUAAAAAUGUUGACUGGAUAGUUGCCAUUUGGCAGAAGGGAGGCAUUGCUCGUAAACAUUUUCACUGGCACUGUUCUUACCCAGAAAUCUCUGAGCAGCACAGUGUACCUGUAAUGUGAAUCGAGUGCACAGGUGCCGAGAGUCUGUUGGAUCUGACAGUUUAAUUUUAAUUCUCAUUUUCUUCACAGUUUAACAAUUAAUUUCUGUUUGUAUUUUAAAGUGGUGUUUAUAUGCAUAACUGUGUAAUAUAAAAGUAUAAUUCUGGAGCUUUUUUGUACUUCAUUAAGUGACUAAGUGUUUUCUGAUAGGUUGAUUUUUACUGCAAUAUUCACAAAGUACUUUCUAAUUGGAUUAUUGUAAUCUAUUCAUUAGAAUGGAAUUUUUCUUUUCUUUGAGUAUAAAAGUAGCUGUUUAUGCUAGGUGCCAUAUCUUUAAUUUCUCUCUUCAAGUAGUAGAUCUUGUCACUGCUCCUUUCCUGUUCUAUCAACUUUUAAUAAAACUAUC